AUGAUUGGCAUUCUCUUCUUCGUGACUAUCGAUCCUAGCCAAGCAUCAACACCAUUUCCCGAUAUUGAAAAUGUCAGCUAUUUCCAAAAUGGAUCAGAUAUACUCUUUUCUAUGCACGUAGUGUUCCGUAUUGAACACAUCAAUCGUAUGGAUGAUGGUGGACGACUAUUUGAAGUACAACUGAGCGUCAUCACUGAUAGUGACGAAGAACUUCGUUCUCUUACCACUCACUUGAGUGAUGAAGCUCAGAAUAAUGUUGCAAGAACUGGUAUUGUAGCUUUCUAA